AUGCAAGACUGUUACGAGGCAGGCUUACAGACGUCUAUGGUCGUCAGAUCUCCCACUUACAUUGUUCCCACGGAAUAUGUCACCCAUCCACUCAGCCUGGGUGCAUAUGAUGGCGGAGUCGAGGCCGCGGAUAAGCUCUUCAACUCCAUUCCCACGUGCAUAGACGCUCAGCUAUCUCGCGGUCUAUUUGGGAUGUUUGGUUCGCUUGAGCCCGAGCGGUAUGCCGGGCUCAAAAAAGCCGGUUUCCCUGUCAUUGACAGUAACGAUCCAUCGCAGUCUUUGAUUUCCAACUUGCUCGAAACGGCAGGAGGUCACUACAUGGAUGUUGGCGGGGCAAAGGUGCUUGAAGAAGGGAAGGUCGCAAUCAAGGCUCUAGUGGAGCCUGUCGCCUAUACUCCUUCUGGUUUGAAACUGUCGGAUGGAAGUAUCGUCGAUACCGACGCGGUGGUGUGGUGCACUGGGUUUGCGGACAAGAAUGUCGGCGAAGUAGCAGAAGAGAUUCUUAGCUCUGCCGCUACGACCGAAGAGGUUUCCGAUGAAACUGGAGAGCCGCAUCUGGGUCCACGGGAGAUCGCUUCUCGGAUUGAUAAUACGUGGGGACUUGACUCGGAGGGUGAAAUCCGCGGAAUGUGGAAACGCCAUUCCCGACUGGAUAAUUUCUGGAUUAUGGGAGGAUUCACUUCUCAGCAUCGAUGGCACUCGAAGACUUUGGCACUCCAGAUUAAGGCUGCCUUGGAAGGGAUCCUGCCGCCGGCAUAUCUCGAUACGCCUUCUGCAAAACCGAGUGGGGCGUGCUUAUGA